UAAUAUUCAGAUAGUCGGAAGAGACACACACGUUGUUAGCUUUGUAACUUCUCCAGGCAGCACUGCUCAGAUGGAGGCAGGAGCGUUUCCCGGUCCCACACGGGGCUCCUCCUUUUUAAAGCUCGGCACCCCUCGCGAGCCGCUCGCCUCAUUGUUUUGCUCCAGCAUUAACUACAUUCCAAAGGGACGCAGCGCGCCCUGGUCUCCUUCCUCGCAUUCUUUCCGCAGAAACGAGUCCCGAGGUCCGUAUUAACGAUAAAGACUCCCGCCUGCCGGAGCCGGGCCGCCUAAACCGCCGGCCUGUUUUCAGAAGUGCCCCAGUGAUUUAUUUCAAGCGACUGGGAAUGCCAUGCAAGGAGGGUUUUUGAAGAAGCUGUGAAACCUACACGGGAGGGAGAGAGCGGGGGGGAAAUUCCUCCGCGCAGCGCGCCAUUGACUGUAAAAGACCUUUCAACUAGUCUGAAAUUGACAAACGUCUGGCUCUUUGGGGGGAAGAAGGGUUUUGUGCGGGUGGAUUUUCAUCUGGAUGCCCGAAUGUCGUGCUGUGCGCUAAUCUGAUCGGAAAGGGAGCCGCUUUCUUUUUCUUUCUCUCUUUUUUUUUUUUUUUUUUUUUUUUUUUUUUUUUUAGAUGAUCCGACGGGCUGCGCUUGGGAUCCGACACAUGCUUUUUGAUUCCCCAUGUGAAGUGGAAUUGCUGCGAACUCCAACUCUGUAGUUUUUAGACACGCUUCCCUCCGCUCGCUCGCUUUGCUCCUCGGAUGCAAAGCAGGGAGGGGGAAGGAAAACCCAUGGCCAAGUACGUGGAGGAUGCGGCACUGGCCGCAAGUAAGUUAAUGGAGGAUCUUUCUAUAUACGAGGGCACGUACAGUUUGAGGAGAGACAUGGUCAUUCACCCGAAUAUGGAUCUGAUUCCCGAGCAGAAAAGUAGACGGAUGAAUGGCAGUCCCUCGGCUCCUCAACAGGUCCACGCGUUUGAGAAUUAUCCCCCCGGGAAUAAAGUUUAUAACGCGUCGCCUCUGCGCUCGGCCAAUGGAAACCGAUUGGUCCCCCUGGAUUUUUGCCCGACCCAGAGGGAUCCGGUGUACUGUGAGGAUGGCCAUUGUACGAAGUCCGAAGUGGCCCUGCCGUGCUACGGUGGAGCACCGGAGCGUCACCGGAGGUACUCCUUGGAGGUCCAGGGGCAUCGGUGCAGCGGCGCGAGCGCGUACGACAGCGUGCAGCUGAACAAACCGGCGCCCUUCCCUCCUUUCGCCGGCAGCAGGACCGGCACUGUCUGCGUUGGAACCGGUCAGGACGGCAGGUACGGCGCCACGAGCCCCCGGUCCAGCUUGGCGUCCUCUCUGUCCUCCCAGGAUCAGAGCAAGCACCCAAGCCCGAGGUCCAGCAUCAGCAGUCCCCGGACCAGCCUGGUCGUGCCGGGUCAAGACAAAUUUGCAAGCCCUCGCUCCAGCCUGGUGCAGUACGAGGGCAGCGCAGCUCUCAGCCCCAGGUCCAGCUAUGCAAGCACGGCCAGCGACACCAGUAAGCAUUCGAGCCCCAGGGCCAGUCUGAACAGCUACGACUGCAGCAGCAAACCCAGCAGCAAUCGCACCAGUGGCAUCAGCAUGGGAUAUGACCAGAGGCAUAUCAGCCCGAGGUCCAGCACUGCCAGCCAGUACUCCUGCACCACCAGCCCCCGGUCUAGCUACUCCGAUUCUAGGUACAUGCCGCCGGGAAGCAGCGAUCUGGAAGGUGCUGUGACACCCGGCUUACCCGCGGCGAGCGCCGGCAUGGCCGCCAACUGCGUGCUCAGCCCCCGCUCCAGCAUUUCCAGUCACAGUUCCCGAAGUUCCCGCAGUUCGCGCGGCUCCAUGAGCACGUACCCGGACCUACAGCUGCCCUCGCCGCGGUCCUCGCUGCUGGCCACCGGUUUGCUGGAGGACGCCGUCGCCCCGGACUUCGGGGACCCGAGUUUCCUGCACGGCGUGCCGCAUCAGCAGUGCACCCAGGGGGCAUUAAUCUCCGAAGCGGCGGCUUCUCUGCAGGCGCCCUUUAAUUACAGCAGCCCCACGAAAAGCUCGACCCCGGCCCAGAGGCUUAAGUUGCCGUACCAAGUUACCCCAUGCCGAGAGGCUGGCCCCAGCCAAGCAGAGAAGAGAUUAGAGGAGCUGACGCUGGAGCUCGAGAAGGAACUGGAGAUGCAUAUGAAAAAAGAAUAUUUUGGUAUCUGUAUCAAAUGUGGGAAAGGUGUGUACGGAGCAAGUCAGGCCUGCCAAGCCAUGGGGAACCUUUACCACACCAACUGCUUCACCUGCUUCUCCUGUGGGAGGAGGCUGAGAGGAAAAGCUUUCUACAAUGUCAACGGCAAGGUCUACUGUGAAGAAGACUUCCUGUACUCCGGCUUCCAGCAGACGGCUGAUAAGUGCUUCGUUUGCGGACAUCUCAUCAUGGAGAUGAUCCUCCAGGCUCUCGGCAAGUCUUACCACCCAGCUUGCUUCCGCUGCGUCAUCUGCAACGAGGCCCUAGACGGGGUUCCCUUUACAGUGGAUGUGGAGAACAACAUCUACUGCGUGAAGGACUACCACACGGUUUUUGCUCCCAAAUGCGCCUCCUGCAAGCUGCCCAUCCUUCCUGCCCAGGGCUCUGAAGAGACCAUCAGGGUUGUGUCUAUGGAGCAGGAUUACCACGUGGAAUGUUAUCACUGUGAGGACUGCGGACUUCAGCUGAAUGAUGAGGAGGGGCACCGUUGUUUCCCCCUGGACGGUCACCUGCUCUGCCACAGCUGCCACCUGCGCAGGCUCAAGCCGCAAGUGCCCCAGCAUCUGCCCCAAGGGUACCCCAUGCACGUCACCGAGCUGUGAAGCCCCUAGCGUGGCACUUAAGAGUGAGACUGGACACCAAAAUGGGGGAGGGGGGCAGGAAGGAGGCAGGAGCCUGAGACGGGCCAGACACUGUGGGGGAACGGGCACAUCAGCCCCAGCGGGGCAAAAAGCAGGACCCGGUGUCACAACAAGGGCACCUCCUGUCACUCAAAUGUCCCCAGCCAGCUCCGCGUGAGGUCAUCAAAGUGUCAAAGACCGUGAUAGGUCAAGGCCACUAUGCUGGCCCCGCCCUCGGUUGUGUUAUGAUUUGACCUGCCCUUGCCCUUUAACCCUUUGCAUUCCAGGGCCAAAGUGAAAAUGAUUUUGUGACCCCCUCCCCCCUCAAUCCUCCACGACUGAAGAUGCAGCCUGAGGAGUGCCAGCUCUCCUGCGGGGGGGUGUCUGAUCCUCUGGUCCGGCCCCUCACUAGGAAUUUUGCACUUAAGCUGGCUGCCCUGUGACUGGCUCUCCCCUGUGCCAUGUGACACACCGUUAGAGGACAUGUUGGUGAGGCUAGCUGCCACUUGCCUGGCCGUUUGGCAAUUUUUAACAUAAUAUAAUCUUAAAAGAUCUAUGAGCAGUCAUUAAUUAUAAUAUUCAUAAUGAUUUAGAUGUACAUAGGCUGUACAAAUUUCUUUUUAUAAAAUUAUAUAUAUUGAAUAAGCAUAAGAAUUUAAAAUAGUAUUUUUUUUAUUUUUAUUUUUUAUUUGCCCAUUGUCCAAUGGAGUUCAAGGCUUGGUAUUUGACACACAGUCUUAAGAUAUUAUUGGUCCAUUGCCCCCUUUUUUAAGUGGGUGCGGGGGGGGCACAUUCAAGAAUCUCCCGUUAUUAUUGGUGUCCAGGUGUGGUUCGCAGACCGUUAGAACCUCCAUAUUGUUCAGACACUGGUUUUUUGUAGCU